UUUCUUUGCCUGGAGCAGGGUUUCCAGUUUCCAAACCUGAUGUGAUCUCACAGCUGGAACAAGGGGAAGAGCCGUGGAUCCCUGACUUCCAGGGCUCCGAGAAAGAAGUGCACCCGAGAGCUGCCUGCACAGGUGAUGGGAUGGUGAGUGAGAAUGAGGAGGAGAAACCCGAUCAGGAAGAUGCUGAGCAAGUAGAACCACAUGGAACGUUAUCAGGAAGAUCCAAAGGGAAUGUUUCUGGGAGUUGUGCACUCCCAGAAAAAGCAAAAGGCUGUGAGACUCAGCAGAUGUUAGCGGAAAACUUCAGUAGCCACUCAGACCUUAUUGCACGUGACAGAAUCAACUUGGAAGGGAGAUGCUACACAUGCCAUGAGUGUGGGAAAAGCUUCAUUUCAAGCUCUGCCCUUAUCACACAUUGGAGAAUCCACACUGGAGAGAAGCCCUACACAUGCUCUGAGUGCGGGAAAAGCUUCAGGCGGAGCUCACACCUUAUCAGACAUCAGAGAAUCCACACAGGAGAGAAGCCCUACACAUGCUCUGAGUGCAGGAAAAGCUUCAGCAAACGCUCACACCUUCUCACACAUCGCAGAAUUCACACAGGAGAGAUGCUCUACACAUGCUCUGAGUGCAGCAAAAGCUUUAAGCACAGCUCUACCCUGAGCAAACAUAGGAGAAUCCACACGGGUGAGAAAUGUUAUGGAUGCUCUGAGUGCGGGAAAAGCUUUAGUCAUAGUUCAAGCCUUAUCACACAUCAGAGAAUCCACACAGGAGAGAAGCCCUACACAUGCUCUGAGUGCAGGAAAAGCUUUAAGCACAGCUCUACCCUGAGCAAACAUAGGAGAAUCCACACGGGUGAGAAACCUUAUGGAUGCUCUGAGUGCAGGAAAAGUUUUAGGGAGCGUUCAAACCUUAUCACACAUCAGAGAAUCCACACAGGAGAGAAGCCCUACAUGUGCUUUGAAUGCGGGAAAAGCUUUAGUCAGCAUUCAGCCCUCAUCUCACAUCAGAGAAUCCACACAGGAGAGAAGCCCUACACAUGCUCUGAGUGUGGGAAAAGCUUCAGUUGGAGCUCACACCUUAUCGCACAUCAUAGAAUCCACACAGGAGAGAUGCCCUACACAUGCUCUGAGUGCGGGAAAAGCUUCAAUCGGAGCUCACAGCUUAUCACACAUCGUAGAAUCCACACAGGAGAGAUGCCCUACACAUGCUCUGAGUGCGGGAAAAGCUUCAGUCGGAGCUCAUACCUUAUCACACAUCAGAGAAUCCACACAGGAGAGAAGCCAUACACGUGCUCUGAGUGUGGGAAAAGCUUUAAGCACAGCUCUACCCUGAGCAAACAUAGGAGAAUCCACACGGGUGAGAAACCUUAUGGAUGCUCUGAGUGCAGGAAAAGCUUUAGGGAGCGUUCAAACCUUAUCACACAUCAGAGAAUCCACACAGGAGAGAAGCCCUACUCAUGCUCUAAGUGCGGGAAAAGCUUUAAUCACAGCUCUACCCUGAGCAAACAUAGAAGAAUCCACACGGGUGAGAAACCUUAUGGAUGCUCUGAGUGCAGGAAAAGCUUUAGGGAGCGUUCAAACCUUAUCACACAUCAGAGAAUCCACACAGGAGAGAAGCCCUACUCAUGCUCUGAGUGCGGGAAAAGUUUUAGUCAGCAUUCAGCCCUCAUCUCACAUCAGAGAAUCCACACAGGAGAGAAGCCCUACACGUGCUCUGAGUGUGGGAAAAGCUUCAAUUGGAGCUCAAAUCUUAUCACGCAUCAGAGAAUCCACACAGAGAACCCCUACACAUGCUCUUAGUGCAGGUAAAGCUUCAAUCGGAGCUCAAACCUUAUCACGCAUAAGAGAAUCCAAACAGGAGGGAAGCCUUACACAUACUCUGAGUGUGGGAAAAGCUUUAGUCAGCACUCACAAUGUUUCUCACAUUGUAGAAUCUACACAGGAGAGAUGCCUUCACAUGCUCUGAGUGUGGGAAAAGCUUCAAUUGCAGCUCUGACCUGAUUAUACACUGGAGAAUCCACACGGGUGAGAAACCUUAUGGAUGCUCUGAGUGUGGGAAAAGCUUCAAAAAGAGCUCACACCUUAUUAAACAUCAGAAAAUCCUUAUGAGAGAACUGUAACAAAUGCCUUGAUUAGGGCUGGGCAAAGAUUUUUUUUUUAAAUAAUCACAUUUGCUAAUUCUCACAUAGUGAUCUGUGCACCAUGUUCACUGUGGUCUCUUGGGUCCACCAGAUGAGUUGCCUGCUUCUGCCUUUUGCAUCUCACCUUCUUUGGGGUCAGUCCUCUGAUCUUUUCUAUCAACUGCUUUCCUUUUGAGUCAUAGGUGUGUGUGUCCCACCAGCCAGGAAUGUUCAUCCGCUCCAGGUGGGAGACAGAGGUUUGAUCCCGACAAGCUACACUGAGGCAAAAACUACCUGUGCUUUACAUCCACUAGGACUGUGCAUGGCAUUGGCUGCUCAAGUUAGUGAUCUUGGUGUAAAAAGACAAUUAUAGUUGUAGAGCACACGCAGUGGUUGGCAUUAGCUUUCCCCUUGACCUGACCUAAACUCCAUCACUUUUCCUAGUCUAAACAAACCCUGAGCAUCUCACUUAUGCUGUUCCCCCAUUUGAAAGCAAUUGUUAGUCAUCAAGUUUCCCCUUCGGGAACAAAUUUUUUCAUUCCCAGUUGCUCUGAUGUUGCUUCAGGUUGUGCUGCAGAGCAGAUAUUUUUACCACCGUUUUCCUCACUUAAAAUAUAUUGAAUUAUAAGAAAGAGCAGGGAUAGGGAAAAUUUUCAUUUCACCCUCUGUAACAGUAGAGGAAGAUAGGGUAAAUCAGAGGGAUUGCCUUAUUCCCCAUCACCAUCCCAAUCCCCCUGUUGUUCAAUUGGUUAGGUCAAUAUUUUUUCUAAAGGUCUGGGAAGAGUAUUCCCUGGUAAAUGACUUGGAAAUAAGCAAAAUACCCAUGCAUUUGGCUCCUAAAGCAGUUGUGGCCCAGGCCCUGCAGGAGGUCGCUCCUGAAGAUAUCUUCUUCCUAAUCAGCUGCAUGUUGCCUAUUAUUUGGGAAAAAUUAUCUAGGUAGGGAUGGGAAAAAUGGAAGUGACAUUUCUGUUCAGCUCACCCCUGGGAGAUGCUGCAAAUGUCUAGGAAAUGAAAUCCAUGUUGAAUGUGAUAUAGCUGCAGAAAGAUACCUAUUUUGAAUAGAUACCUGACAUUUGGUGUCUUACAGGGAUUCUAAGCAGCACCUGAAUUUAGUCCCUAAUUAAAAUCUGUGCCACCAGAUUAAAGAAAUAAAAGGGCAUAUUUGGGGGAGUUAUACCACACUAUCGCUACUGAUAUGUUGUGUGGUUGGUGAAGAAUUCUACACCAGAGAAGUGUAAAAUUACUCCAAAUAAAGUCAAAGAUUUGACAAGAACUCAGGUAGAAAUUGCAGGAACUAGUGGUUGAUUUUCACCCCAGAGAUGGAAGCUAUGACCUGUGGCCAAGGUAAACUAUUUUUACAACACUGCUCUUUUUUAAGUGGCAUUGAUCACACUCCUAAAGGAUGCCAUGAUUCAAUUGGGCACAACUGUCUUUUACCAUUUGGAUUCAAAGUUUCAUGAAGCACAAAGAGAAACAGCUGAUUCCUUCAGAGCCAUUCCAUGCCUAUGGGAUCCAAUCUGGCUGCCUUGUUGAACAGGAAGCACUUCCAUUCUGGGCAAAUGAUGGUAGCCAAUGAGGGAAUAUAUCAGAUUCCAAGUUCAGACUGCAGGAUACAUGAAUGCUGAGUCCAGAGUCUCUGGUUUGGUCUCUUGGUUUUGCUAUUAAGUCUAAUGCAUUUGAAUCAGUUCUCCUCCUGCUGCUACUUUGAAGGAUUAGAAAGUGUGAAAAUAGAGCACAGGUGGUUUUUUCUCAUGAUGCAGUCUUCCCACAUAGUGUGAGACCCCUUCCACCCAGACUUCUGGGAGAAGAUCCAGGGAGAAAUGAACUCACAGAAAUGGAAGGCUCCUAGGUUAUUGUAGAAUGUGACUUCACACAAAGCUCACGGGGUGGAAAUGGGAAUUAAGAGAAAACUGUCCUAUAGGUUUAUAUUUUGUAAUAGUUGAAUAAGUUGUUACCAGCAACAAUGAAAUUAAACAUGAAGUUAAUUAGUAA